AUGUCUUCCGAACCCACCGAACAUAUUGCCAUCCAUCUUCAACAGCGGCCCAAGAGAGAUAUUUUCCCCGGGGAGACAUUCGCUGCACAAAAGCAUACAACUCCCACUGCAGCGGACCUUCAAGAUGGAGAUGUUGUCUUCGAAACCCUUUAUCUAAGCCUGGAUCCGGCCAUGCGUGGCUGGUUGGACGACGAACGUUCAUAUCUCUCUCCAGUUGCAAUCGGCGAAAUCAUGCGCGGUCAUGCUCUGGGCCGUGUGACUUCCUCGCGGUCACAGAAGUUUCCAGUCGGCUCCUAUGCCGUUGGCAUUGUAGGCUGGACCGAGCAGGCAAUUGUCAAUGAAAGCUCCCUAGACGCCGUGCCUGCGCCCAAUCCUGUCGAUGGAGGUCGCUUGACUGAUAAUAUGAGUGUCCUUGGCAUGACAGGGGUCACUGCGUACUGGGGCAUGGUCGAAGUUGGCCAUGUCAAGCCCGGGGACUUUGUGGUUGUCUCCGGAGCAGCGGGAGCAACGGGGUCUAUUGCUGCACAUAUUGCAAAAAUCCUUGGUGCGACGGUGUACGGCAUUGCAGGCUCGGAUGAGAAGUGUCGUUGGUUGGUUGAUGAGCUCAAAUUGGAUGGGGCGUUGAACUAUAAGAGUGACGAUUUCGCCGAAAAGUUCAAAGGCUUGGCGCAAGGGAAGAUCGAUGUCUUUUAUGAUAAUGUUGGAGGUGAAGUUCUCGACUUGGCUCUUCUCUGUGCUAACAAGAACGCUCGAUUUGUCAUGUGCGGUGGGGUCAGUCAAUACAAUGCACAGGAGGUCCAAGGGCCAAAGAACUACAUGAUGAUAUGGAGGAUGCGGAUUCGCAUGGAAGGCUUUAUCGUCUUUGAUCAUAUGGAUAGAGUCCCCGAAGUCAAACGGAAGCUCGGCGAGUGGCUUGCGCAAGGUCGAUUGCAGCGUAGGGAAACUAUUGUGCGAGGGGGUAUAUCGCAAGCAGAGCACACCUUGGUGCAACUGUAUCAUGGCGUGAAUACAGGAAAAUUGCUUGUCGAGGUCAAAUCCCCUUGA